AUGUCAGAAAUUCCAGAAAUGCCGGAAAUCUCGCAAGAGGAAAUGCAGCGCGAGCUCUUCGGUCCUUUAAUGGAUAUCCCGGAGAAGGCUCUUGUUGAACUUGCGUCAAACAUCAGCGAGCGAGUCUUUCAUAAAAAGCCAACAUCGGAAGGCAACGUAAUUUCCCGCAUCGUUGGGUCAUACAACAUAGUUCAUAUCGUCCAGCUAGGCAAGAGGAAGUUCGUAAUCCGUGUUCCAUGCACGGGUUGGGGUGCUGGCAAGACAGACACGGCAGCACGCGCAUUGGAAUCCCAAGUUGCCACUAUGCGUCUUGUUGCUCGAAUCACUUGGGCGGUACCAGAAGUCUAUGACUAUGACGCAACUGAUCAAAACGCCAUCGGAGCUCCUUACAUUUGCAUGAGCUUUGUAUCGGGAACACCCGUCUCCGAAGUCUGGUUCAAGUAUCCUGAGGGUUGGGAACGAGAGAUCUUUCGUUUCAAUAUUCUACGGACUUUGACUGAGGUAAUGGCCCAGUUCUCAAAGUUGAGCUUCGACCGGAUCGGUUCGGUUGUUUGGAACGGAACUAAAUUCACUGCUUCGAGACCUUGUUAUGACUGGAAGGAAAAUGAAGACGGUACCGUUGGAAUUGUGUCCUCUGGUCCUUUCGACUCGGUCCAAGACUACCUUAAGGCUAAUUCUAAGGAAAGUACAGGUGAUGAAGUAUGGAAUGCGGCUGAGACUGCAAUCAUGGUCUCGGCCAUGCGCCACUCGCCAAUCCUAAAUUCUUCAACAGAGGGGUUUGUGCUUAGCCCUCCAGAUUUCGAUUCCCAGAAUAUCAUGGUGGACCAAUGUGGUAAUGUUAUUGCCAUUAUUGACUGGGACCUUGCUCAGACAUUGCCGCGAUGUGUAGGUUUCGCUCGCUUCCCUGGCUGGAUCACGCGAGACAUGAACCCUUUGAUGUAUGGCUGGCCGCGUGAUCAGACUAACGAGGAUCCUCCUCACAGACUAAUGCGCUACCGGCAUUACUAUAACAAGGAACUUGGGAGACAACUUGGCCAGAAAGGUGAUUGGAAAUUCACUGUAAAGUCCCAGCUUACGAAAGCGUUGUGGAUUGCCGCUCUUCAUAGCCAAUAUCGGUUGGAGAUAUGCCGAAAGUUCGUCCAGUAUGCUUGGAAUAUUGAGUUUGAAAAGACUUUAGAUGUCCUUUUUGAUAUCGGGGCGCGCGGCGAUGAUGACGAUGACCAGGAGCCGCUUGACCUGGAUUCCAAGAUGCAAAAACUGAUGGCCUUAGAGCCUAAAGAAGAUGCCAGCACUACCAACUCAACCUAA